ACUGAAAGUCUGGCAGUUGUUAUAGUAACGGCGGUGUGUUUAUGUUAAAGCUUUAAUAAUGACGGGGUCAGAGCAGGGUGCCAAUACUUUUCUCAUCAGGCCAAAUUAUCAACACAGGUUCAGGGUGUCGGUGGUGAGAGAGUGUAUUAGAGAGAUCCUGAGAGAGAAUUUAUCAGGUGUUAAGUAUGAUCCUGAGGAAACACCGUCACUCACACGAACACUCGCUGACGCCAUUAAACACCGAGUUAAAGGUCUGGGUUUGGACAGAUACAAACUGGUGGUGGAGGUGAUGAUCGGAGAACAGAGAGGACAGGGUGUGACGAUGAUGUCUCGUUGUUUCUGGGAUUCAGACACUGACGGCUGUGCUAAAGAAGUUUACAUUAAUGUAAGACACACACAAAUACAAUGCCUUGUGUUUUAUUCCUCACAUGUGUAACUGUGUCUGUGUGUGUGUUUAACAGGACAGUAUGGUGUGUAUGGCUGCUGUAUUUGGAGUUUAUUAUUAUUGACAGAGGAAGAGAAGCUAUGAUCUAAACACACACACUCGCCGUGAUGGACUCAUACACCACUUUUCUCUCACACUCUCAUAAACCUUUUCUAUCUUUUUUUUGUAAGAAAUAAACACAGCAUUAGUAUUUAUUCAUUAUUUAUUUACAUUCAUUUUUAAAUAGCAACUAUCAGAAUAACUCAUUUAAAAUGUAUAAAAGAACACACGCAUGCCUCAGCAGUAAAGCACCUGAAAACCUUUAUGCACUUCAACACAGUUUAUUAAUGGUGUGAAAGUGCAAGUGUGUUUACAGGAGCUUUUAUUUCAGCAGUUAAACACUGACACAGUGAAUUUUAUUUCCUGUGAUUUCAUUGUGUUUGCCUUCAAACUUUCACCUGAUUGUUGACAGAAACAGUUUGAUAAACAGCUCUCAGGCUUCAGAAAGGAAACAAGAGGCAAGAAAACAUCCAGACAACACAUGAGUGAAAGUAAAGACACAUUUGGGUCCUGUAUCUACAUUUAUAUCUGAGUAAAAAUACAAUAAAACUGGAUUAUAAAUCCAGAAAAAUAUGUG